AGGCUGCUCAAGCACUGCGCUCGCGCUUGCAGCUCGCAGCCAAGUCGACGUGUCGAGCCGCCCCCUCGCUCUUCCGCUCUAUCCAAUCCACAGACCAGCAGCAGCAGCAGCCCGUAUCCCCUUUGUUCCGGUCGAGCGCAGCUGUCAACCAUUUCCACGGCAGCAGUGCGCCGACAUUCACGAGCGACGUGAGCAGCGAUGAUCCGCCGCGUCGGCGCAUGCAAAGCGCCCGCUCCAUCCUCCCCGUUUCCGCCGCCUCUCAUUGCCAAUCCUCCUACGGAGCGAAUGGAAACUCUUUACCGGCGUCGUGUCGCACACCAGCGAAGCUGCCACCAGCCUCUGCGUCCUUCUCCUCGGCCGAACGAGCAGCAGCGCCCAUCCAAGCAAUAGCAGCAGCAGCAGCGAGCAUCGACGACCUGCUCGCGAACGCGUCCGCGCGCGCCGAGCGCGCACACACCUGUGCUCUAUCCUCCCCCUCCUCCUCAUCCUCCUCCUCGUCGUCAUCCUUCUCCUCCACCUCCUCGUCAGCCGCUUCCGCCGCGUCUCCCGCCGCUUCGUCGGCCUUCUCGCCCGCUGUCACCAUGUCCUCCCUGCACGCCGCCGAGCACGCCGGCUGGGUCGGGCACGUCGGGCCCAUGGCCAUGGCAUCUGCGUCGGCGAGGGCAAUGGCGGUCGAUGACGCCGACUUCUCCGGCAGCGCAUCCGGGACUGGGCCAGCAAGCGACGGCAAGAGCAGCGGCGGCGGCGGGGAAGAUCAGCAUCGCAGCGCGAGCCGCAGGCCACCCGUGCGCGUCCCGAGGACGCCGCCGCGCCAGUCGCGCACGAUGCCCAACGGGCACGCGCAACCGAACGCAGACCGAGAAGGCCGGCACGAGGGCUCGCCAGCCGGCUUGUCCCAACCGUCCGGCACGACAGCAGCCGGCGCUGCGCGACCCGCUCGCCAGCCGCAGCGCAGCAUCUACGAGACGGUCUUUGGCCCCGCGUUCAAGCAGCUGCACAUCGAGCCCACGACGCCUCCCGGUUCCAUCAGCGGUUCUCUGACCGCUACUCAAACGCAACAACAACAGCAACAACCCCAAAAACAGUCGCAAGCGCGGCGCGCUCCGCAACAACUGCGCAAUUCGCCCUUUUCAUCGACUGCUGUUAGUGCUGGAAACACCGCCUCCAGCUCGCCGAGCAACUCAGACAUGACCGGCACGGCGUCGCUGCUUAGCCGCGCAGCAGCCAGUCCCCAGCUCGGCUCGCCGUCGCGCCCGGGCGGCCCGCGCUUCGAUCCGCACAACCACCCGACGCAGGAGCAACGCAAGCGGGAACUGCAGCUCGCAUUCGCUUUCGCACCGUUGCCGCAACUCUCGCCUCACCAGAAGCACCAUCAUGGUCAGCAGCAGCAGCAGCAUGUGCCGCGCGAGGCGUUGGGGAUGCGGGCGGGUAUGCAGUUGGGUAUGAAGGGUGAGCUGGCGCUCAGGCAACGUAGACAGAGCUACGCGGACGAUCAGGUCCCGAACUUUAUCGCUGGUCAGCGCCCAGCGUACCACGCCGCACAGCCGCAGCACGCGCAGCCUCUACCAGGGCAACAGCACCCGCUCGUUGCAGGUACCGCGGCUGUCACUGCCGCGGACGGCUCACAGCAUGCACCGUACCCGCACCUGCACGGCUACGCGCAAGGGUAUGCGCAGGGCUAUGGGCCGACGUUCUGGCACGGCAGCCCACCGCAUAACAGCAACCAGGGUAUUCGCCGGCAGACGAGCUGGCACAACCAUCGCGCCAUCGCCGGUGCGAUCAGCAGCGCUCCCUCGUCCAAUGCGACGACCAGCGCCGCUGCUGUUGCCAGCACGACUCCGACCAAGACGCCCUCGCCGCGCCACAAGCGCAUCGGGCUCGCCGGCCUCGGCAUAUCCACACCCUCGUCAGCCACGUCCAGCGCCGGCAGCCCUUUGCGCUCUGCAAGUGGGCGUAUGCGCACGAGUAGCCGCGAUGUCGCGCUCUUAGGCGCCGGCGGCGGUGCAGGAGGAAACACGCCAGAUCCGCUCGCCUUUCUUCCCAAUGGCCAUCCCGCCUCUUCGCUCGCCAAGGACCUCGGCAUCGCCCAUCCCACGGGUGCAGGUGCCGCUCUGUCCCGAUCGCGCAACACGUCGGUGAACGGCGUGCGAUUCCAGCAUCAAGGGCCCCACGACGCCAGUGGCGGCAGCAGCAGUAUCAACAGCCUUGUCAACAGCGGCGACACAGCAGCGGAAGACGCAGCGGAGCGCGAUCGCGUCGCAUCUUUUCUUGCUGCGAUCUCCGACGAGCGCAGCUCGGCUCGCAUGGCCAAUGGCAGUGGCGCUGGCGGCGGACAGUCCCCUUCGGCGCUUUGCACGUCUCCGCGGCGACCGCUGAGCGGGCGCCUCGGAGCGUCGAUCGAAUUGGGCUUUGCGCGACCGUCGCCACACGGUAUGACGCCUCGCUCUGCUUCAAGCACCUCGUCCGCAGCAUUCGCUGCCUUCACAGCAGGAGGGAGUCAUUCGGGACUGACCGCGUCGCCCGCCGCGCAUCGCAAGUCCUUCCCGGGGUCGCCGCGCAUCAACGGAAGCGCGACUCUCAGCGAUGCGAGGAGCGAGCCUGUUGGCCCUACCUCGACUGCUGGCCUGGGCUCGGGUUCAAAGUCGCGGAACGAAGAGCGCGCACAGGCGGAGCCAGACGAAGGCGAAGCGGCAGAACUCAUGCUUCUUCUCGCCACGUCGCCGUCCCCAGCGACUGACACGAAGAAUCGCAGCCGCUUCGCAGGCGCCACGCCCAGCCUGCUCGGAAACGGGCGAAGACAGCGCAUCGAUAGUAGUGGAGUCGCGCGGUCGUUGUUCCAGGAUGUAGACCCGCUGCUCGACGGCUUGGGGGCGCAGAAUAUACGACAUGAUAGAGCACAUAAGGACCUCAUCAACUCGCAGGAGUCUGAUACGACGAUGCUCAGCUUGGCACCUUCCGCGGCCAUCGGCUCCGACACCACACCCGUCAAUUCAUCUUCCGCGUCCAAUACGCAGGACGGCUCAGCCAGCGAUGGUGAGAGCAACAAUAAAGACAACUGCAACAGCGGGCAGAUACAGACACCUCCUCGGGUCCCUCCCUCUGCGCGCCUUCCCCACGCCUCUGAUGUCAUACCAGAGGACUGCGUGAUGGCGAGCGAUGUGCUCGACGCUUCCGCCAACGCGCUCCUUCCUCUGCCUUCCACGCCACCAGGCGGCCCUCCUCGCACGCCCAAAGCACCCGGCACCAACUUCAGCUACGCUGAUUUCCUCAACGUCAGCCCCAGCCCGCAGCCGCGUUCGCGGCGCACGCCGCGCAUGCGCGGAGUUUCUGCCACCGGUGUCUUUGACCCCUUCCCAUCGGAACUCAAUGGAGGAGGGAUGGGGAUGGGCACGCCCAGUCGGCACAACGAGAAGGCUGGACGGUUCACCGACGUGGCUGAGUCGGAUGCUACUGCGUACGUCUUCCAACGUGGGCCUCUGACAUACGGCGAUGAAGAGACUCAGCUGCAGAGCGAGGUGCAGACCUCGCCUGCUAACAAGGCAUCUGGUAGACCGCGUUCGACUUCCAACGCUUCAAAGGACGACCCUUCCAAGCAAGAAUCGCCCUCCAAACGGGCGAGGCUCGCUGCUGGGCCCUAAAAGGCUUUUCUUUUGGUCCUUUGCAAUUUUCCUUCUUCCCUUUGCAUUUCUUUGCUCUUGCUAAGCAAUUGACGUCUGUUCUGUAUCUCUAGUG